AUGGGUUCUGGAGGAUCAAAAUCAACUGCAUUGAUGCUGUUGGUUCUGAAUCUUGGGUUAUAUAUCACUGUAACAAUAAUAGCUGGUUGGGCUGUAAAUCAGGCAAUUGAAACAACUCAUGAAACUGCGUCUGUGUUAUCAAUCCCAGCUCGUAUAUUUCCCAUAUACUUUCCGAUGGGAAACAUGGCGACGGGUCUGCUCGUGAUAUUCUCCCUCCUUGCCGGUGUUGUUGGCGUCGCCACCUCCGUCACCGGUGUCACCAGCGUUCUUCAAUGGAAUGGCCCUAAUUUAUGUGCCGCCGCUUCUUCUUCCCUUCUCACUUGGGCCCUCACUAUGCUUGCCAUGGGGUUGGCAUGUAAAGAUAUCUACGUUGGGUGGACAGAUGCUAAUUUGCGUACUUUGGAAGUGAUGACUAUAAUUGCGAGCGCAACGCAGUUGUUUUGCACGGGGGCUAUCCAUGCCGGCGCUGAAGAUUUUGCUCCGACCACGCUUGCUGCCGGAACAGUUUAAAGCUGAAAUUAAAUCCACAUUCUUUUAUCUUUCAUUCAUCAUCAAAGCUUAUGUU